AUCAACUUCCGGUGUCACGGGGUGCCUGGGCGACGAAACGCAAAAAGCGGGCAUACCGAACAUAUCCCGUAUUUUCUCCUUGUAUACAUUUAAUUGAAAAACAUAUAUUGGGACGACGCCAAACACCGUUGCAACAUCAACAGGACGAACGGCAUAACAUUGGAUGUGCAAUUGUACCAGCAUAUCCUUAUUCACUCGACUUGCUAGUUAGCAUUAGCUCGCUACCACGACUGCUUCAAGAACAGGCCCCAGCCUGGACUUUGCUUUAUCCAACUAGCUAGCACAAGAUAACAGGUUUUCUUUAUCAAUGUUAUUUUCAGUUAUUAGUGUAAACUAGAACCACAUCUUUAACUCACCUGGAGUUGUUUACUUUGAUAUUUCUAAACCGUUGCAUUAGUGGUGUGUAGUUAGCUAGCAUUUUACUAAGUGUGUUGUGCACUUUUUUCGCAAACUAGCGACCGCUCAGCAUUCCCGUCCAUUUUACAGUCACAACUAACUAACUAGCUAGGGCUAGCAAAUAAGAAACGGCAAUGUCGGAUUUCGACGAAUUCGAGAGACAACUGUCUGAAAACAAACAAGCUCAGUUGGUAGAGCAUGGCGCUUGCAACGCCAGGAUAGGUCGCUCGAUUCCCGGGAACACCCCGGAGAAGGACAAGGAGAACCGCCACCACCGUCGCUCCCCCUCUCGCAGCCGCAGCAGAGAGAGGAAGAGGAGGAGCAGAGACAAGGACAGACGCAGCAGGGAUCGCCGUGGAGACAGCAAGGAGCGCAGACCGAGACGCAGCUCACCAUCCCAACAACAACCCCAAGAGAUUGCUGUAAGUCGUUCCCCGCACCGUGAAACGAAGAAGAAGAACAAAGUGAAGAAGUACUGGGACGUCCCUCCUCCUGGCUUUGAACACAUCAGUGUGAUGCAGUACAAAGCCAUGCAGGCUGCGGGUCAGAUCCCAGCCACGGCCCUGCUGCCCACCAUGACCCCAGACGGCCUGGCCGUGACCCCCACUCCUGUCCCUGUGGUGGGAAGCCAGAUGACCAGACAGGCCCGUCGGCUCUACGUGGGGAACAUCCCCUUCGGCAUCACAGAGGAGUCCAUGAUGGAUUUCUUCAACGCUCAGAUGCGUCUGGGUGGUCUCACUCAGGCUCCAGGGAACCCCGUCCUCGCUGUUCAGAUCAAUCAGGACAAGAACUUUGCCUUCCUCGAGUUCCGCUCAGUGGAUGAGACAACCCAGGCCAUGGCGUUCGACGGCAUCAUCUUCCAGGGACAGAGUCUGAAGAUCCGCCGUCCCCAUGACUACCAGCCUCUGCCCGGCAUGAGCGAGAACCCCAGCGUCUACGUGCCUGGCGUGGUGUCCACAGUGGUGCCUGACUCGGCCCACAAGCUGUUCAUCGGGGGCCUGCCCAACUACCUGAAUGAUGACCAGGUGAAGGAGCUCCUGACAUCGUUUGGGCCUCUCAAGGCCUUUAACUUGGUCAAGGAUAGUGCCACAGGUUUGUCUAAGGGUUAUGCGUUCUGUGAGUAUGUAGACGUCAACCUGAACGACCAGAUCACCAUGGAGAAUCAGGCCAUAGCAGGACUCAACGGCAUGCAGCUGGGAGAUAAAAAGCUCCUGGUGCAGAGAGCCAGCGUGGGAUCCAAGAAUGCCACUCUGACAAGUAUAAACCAGACCCCGGUAACGCUGCAGGUGCCGGGCCUGAUGAACAGCUCAAUGACCCAGAUGGCUGGCCUGCCCACUGAGGUGCUGUGUCUGAUGAAUAUGGUGGCUGUGGAGGAGCUGGUGGAUGAAGAGGAAUACGAGGAGAUCGUGGAGGAUGUGAGGGACGAGUGCAGCAAGUACGGCCAGGUCAAGAGCAUCGAGAUCCCCAGACCUGUGGAUGGGCUGGAGGUCCCUGGCACUGGCAAGAUCUUUGUGGAGUUCAUGUCAGUGUUUGACUCCCAGAAGGCCAUGCAGGGUCUGACGGGCAGGAAGUUUGCCAACCGGGUGGUGGUGACCAAAUACUGCGACCCUGAUGCCUACCACCGCCGAGACUUCUGGUAGAGGAUGACGACAGACGAGGAUAGUGAGGGGGGUGGAUUGCCAUAUUUCAAAUCAACCCCUAACCCCACACCACCUAGGCACUUGUUUUGACCUGAAAAGGUGUGAGCGACAUAAUGUUUCAGCUAGUCCAUCAGAAGGCCAGGUGGAGUUCAGAGAAGUACCCAGGGGUAGGGGCUGGGGAUCCAUUUGGUAUUGGGCAAAAGAGAAGGGAGAGAUGAAGGGUUUGUAUUCUGAUGAAAACCAAGAGGGUCAUGGGAGGGAGGGGUGGGGGGGUUCAAAUAUUUUUGUGAAUUGUGUGUAGUAACAGGUCCGGGGUAAAUGAUUUUUAUACUUUGAGAAAGAGAUGGGUCAUUCUGGCGGGGGGGGGGGGGGUCUUGCCACACCUUAUGGUUUGUAUUUAAAUGGAGGGAGCCUGUUUUAAGUACUUUAGGAAGGUGUGGAGAGGGGGAAGUAGACUGGGCUACUCUAUAAGAGUGGUGGAUAGAUGGAUGGACAGAGGCGUAUUCAUCUUUUCAUAUGGGGAGAGGGAGGUGGUGACUUUUUUUAUUUGACCCACCAAUGUAGAUAACAUGAUCAGAUUCUUGAUGAGAAAAGGGGGAAGGAAAGCUAUUGACAGGAUCAGAUGGAAAGCUAUUGACAGGAUCAGAUGGAAAGCUAUUGACAGGAAUGGCCUUGUUUUGUGAUUUUCCUUCUCAGAUUUGGACCUUUACAUUUCCUUGUUUCUUUUCUUCCAUGUACAUCAGACUAAGCCCCUCUCCCUGUGUGUGUAGCGAGAGGGGGAGAAGCUGUAACCAUACAUAACCAACUCCAAUGUCAUAUUCGACUAAUUUAUCUGAAUGUCAGCUUUUGUGGUUCCAAUACUGUAUAUUUACACUGUCACACCUUGCAUUGUCACCAGGGCCGGAGUUUGAGUACCAUACAUUUGUAUUACUGCCUGUGUUUCUUUGAAGGUUUUGUUUCUUUUUUGGAUUGAAACCUUUCUUCUAGUGUGAAUUUAUCCAUUGCCAUUUUUAGCAGGCAAAAUAAUUCUAUCCCUACACCCUUACCCAUAAGAGAGACUGGGAGAGGGGAAAGGCAGGCUUUUGAAGUUUUGAAUUGUUAUUUUUGAAUUGUGAGUGGUAAAUAUUGGAUUGGUGUUGUAGGGCUCGAUCUGGUUCUGAUUAAAAGCCUUAAUGUUAUUUUUCAAGUCUCAUUCGAGAGUAAAAUAUGUGGAGUACUCAUUCAUGUCUGUGCUUAGCAAGUUUGUCAAUACAUGGAGUCAUUUCAUGGCUUUGGUCUUUUCAGGUAACAAUGAUUUGAGAUUGUAGUCAGUAUUCAAGUUGUAUUGCUUUGUCUGGAAUGAGUUUCUUUUGUUUUGCAUCCUGUUUCAAACCUACCUAUAGAAUAUUGGACCGCUCAUACAGAAAUCUCUCUUUGGCCCAGGUAGUGUUUGUGUAACUUCUCACCUCAGCAGACAAAAUAAAGUUAUAAAGACUAAUACCAAUGUUUCCUCUUCUACUGCCCACAAAUAAAAUGCACUAUUUACUUUGACCAAGUUAUCAGGCUUUUAGUAACCAUAAAAGUCAGGUAGUAUUGUGUGAUUGUAUACCUCUUCUGUUAAGUAAUGGGUUUGUUGUCACAAAGGGUGAGAUGGUUUUUUUACCUGAAGGGGAGUGCAGUCUUUUGGACAGGUUCUCAAGUGUUCUAUUGGAAUGUUCAACAACAUGUUAAUAGGCAUCAAAAGGUUGUCCCCUCAACUGUAUAUAUGGUCUCACUUCCUCAUCUCCCUCAACCUUUGUCAUUACGACUUCAAGGACCACUGGUUACACUAUGGGGUUGAGCGAGUUCCCAUGAUGCUUUGUGUUCAGACCUAGAGUUGGGCAGUACCAAUGACAUGUGACUUCCUCCCUUUCUAAAAUGUGCUUUUUAAAUGUUACCAUGUCGUUUUAAUUUAAUAUUUUUGGGGGCAAAAUGUGAAUUAAUGGAAUAAAAAAUGGCUAAAACCACA